AUUACAAAAGUUGACGACGCAUCUCGCAAAAUGGAGAACCCUGACCGUGAGCGUCGCGUUUUACUGUCAGUAACGUUCGGGAUAUGCUCCAGAACGGAUGCCGGAACAAUAUCUGGAUCACAGGGAACGAACUCGGGAACGCUAGAGAGACGCGCUCAAAGUUUUUGGCGCUCGCGCUUUUUCAAGUUUUGUUUUCUUUUGAAAAUCGAAGAAAAAGUAACUUUUUUCAGUUUUUUUGAAUGAUUGAGUUUAUAAAAAGUGUUGUUUUUGUGUUUGUUGUUAUUUGGGAUGAUUACUUGACUGAAACAAACUAUUAGAAGUAAUAAAAACUAUUGUUUUGAUUUAAGUUUUUAGAUUCAGCUUGUUGGGAUUAUCCGUCUCUAUGGCUACCAAGUAAACAAUGAGCUUCGGACCACAAACGCAGCCAGGAAACUUCACAAAAUGCCUAGAAAAUAUUUCCUCCUUCCAGUCCACCUGUCAAUCCAACAGCACCUUGACAUUCCAAUGUCUGACAGACAACUCAACGACUUUUGCAGAUUAUUUUUGCGAAUACGACCAGUACUCGCUCCAAAACCGUUUCGUAUGUUCCGAGUGCAGUUCCAACUACACCAAAGAGAUUCUCGUGGAUUUUUUCAGCGAAAACAUCCGACAGUUCAUAGUGCGAACGUCAAGUGUCAAUUGCGGACUGUUCAAUAGGAGUGGGGAGGUUUUCUGGACAUGCAAUAAUGCUCCGAACUAUACAGAAACAAUAUGGACCAAGGCUCACUACGAUUGGAGCUUUCUGUUUGUCGUGGUUUUUAUUAUAGCGGGUGGUUUGGGGAACAUUUUGGUCUGUUUGGCGGUGCUAUUGGACAGGAGACUGCAGAAUGUAACGAAUUACUUCCUGUUGAGUUUGGCUAUUGCUGACUUGCUAGUCAGUUUGUUCGUGAUGCCUUUGGGAGCGAUACCUGGAUUUUUGGGGGAAUGGCCAUUUGGAUUGAUAUGGUGCAACGUGUAUGCCACCUGCGAUGUACUGGCAUGUUCCGCCUCCAUCAUGCACAUGUGCUUUAUCAGCCUAGGAAGGUACCUAGGCAUAAGAAACCCCCUGAAAACCAGACACAGCACAACCACGAGAACUGUCGUACUUAGGAUAGGACUUGCAUGGUUGCUGUCCAUGAUCGUUUCCAGUUCAAUAACUGUAUUAGGUAUAAUUAACCACGAGAACAUCAUGCCUGAUCCCCAAAAAUGCGUCAUCAACAACAGGGCUUUUUUCGUUUUUGGAAGUCUGAUUGCUUUCUACAUUCCCAUGACGGUGAUGAUGAUCAGCUAUGCCCUCACUGUUCAACUUUUAAGAAAGAAAGCCAGGUUUGCUGCUGAACACCCAGAAAGUGACCAGAUAAGAAGACUGGGAGGAAGGUUUGCCAAUAAGCACGAUAGAACACCAAUCACCAAUGAUAAUCCAUUGUGGAGGACAGUUGGUAGUGGAGAAAGCCGAAGUUCGAAUAUGAGGCUCGCCAACUCCCAUAACCAGUUAUCCUUUGCCAACGGCGGCAAUGGCAACAUCAGUGCGGUGGCGAGUAGAAGAGAUCAAGGGACGCAAACGCCCGAAAAUAUAGCGAGGGAAGCCAGAAAUUGCCGACUCAAGUCGCUCAAGCUGCAACUCAAUCACACCACGUCUAACUUGACUAAUUUCAGGUUGCUGGCUGGUAAGGUUAAACGAAAAACCUUCGCCUCGAAUUCAGUAGCCACAGAACAGAAAGCCUCCAAAGUGCUCGGAUUGGUGUUCUUCACCUUUGUACUGUGCUGGUCGCCAUUUUUCGUGCUCAACAUCAUUUUUGCAGCCUGUCCGGAUUGUGAUGUACCCCAGCACGUGGUCGUCACGUGUUUAUGGCUGGGAUACGUCAGUUCAACCAUCAAUCCAAUCAUUUAUACGAUUUUCAACAAGACUUUUAGGACAGCGUUUAUCAGAUUGCUGCUUUGUCGAUGUCAGAGGAUGUCCAGGCCAGUGCGGUACCGGUCCGUGACAGAAAACAGAGGCGCCACGAGUCUCUGUACCCCAUCGGCGCUGCCACUGGCCAUCAGCCUAACAGGAACACCCCUCAUAACCCCCGGCACUGACUCUUCGUUCGUCAUCAGGACGCCAUCUUUGAAUUUCAUGAGAGAAAGGAAGGACUCGUUUGAAGAUCACGAUUUUUAAUGUUUUUUUUUGUUUGUUUAUGUUUUAAUUUUUUCAUUAUAUCGUACAAAAAUGUCUUUUUUUCCAUAGCAACUAUUUUAUAUUAAGCAAAAAUAGUAGAUAAAAUAGUACUUUAACCGCAACGGUAGAUUAAAUGAUACUGGUUAAAAACUUUAUUUAUUCUCGCACGUUUUUUAAUUGCUUCUAUUUUUGAAA